AUGUCUCCACUCCUCCAGAAGCGUCGGCCACCGCAACCGCCUGACCCUCCCACGUCAUCAGACCAGCGGAUUCCGAAUCGAUCACCUCAGAGCUGGUUUCGACCAGCGAACAACCCAUCUCGAUCUCCAUCCAAUCUAGCAAGAACUCAGCAUCCUCAUCGCGCCCUCGGCUUCUCAUCGAUUAGAGAGCUUGCUAGAUCCUCCUCACGCCAGACACUUCACACGCUUCCAACAGCUACGUACCAGCAGCCAUACUCUCACGGUUGCUCUCCGCCAAAAGAUGGAGAAGUGAGGCACCCGAUUGCAGCUAAAGACCCGGGCUUUCCCUUACCGUCAGGUUCCGGGUUGCAACACUCUCGCGGUUCCAGUGUCGAAUCACUUCCCAUUGAUAAGAGUGGCAUCUCAAACGAUUCUACUUACGCAACAACACCGUCGCCGGCAAAGCACCCCGCGUUUCAACUACUCGAAUCAGGCUCUCCUGUACAGCGGAAGAGUAUGGGCAACAAAGCCUCGACGGUGCUCAGGAAACCUAUUCCACCCGAGGGUAAGCAGAGCUCAGCGACAAUCACCACGGACCCAGAUAAAUCUCCUGGACCAUCACGCAAGCAGGCGUCUACUGGAGCACAACAGCCGGCGACCUUCCCAGCACGCGGAUCUUCCAUCAUAGUCAAUGUGCCGCGGCGGCGCUCUUCCUUGACCGUCCUUCAUCUCGACAGCUCCCACUUCGAGACACCUGACCCUCAGCAUCAAAAUUUGCAACAUAGAGCGAGUACACUUACGGAGCCGCGCCGUCGGCCAAGCAUUCUUUCAGAGACAAGACGCCCCAUCACCACCAUCGUGACAUCUUCCAGCGACACAACGCCCACGAUCGAGGUACAAAAACGUGAGACGCUAUCACCAGCCUUCCUCUCUCCACCAUUGCUUUCUCCCCCACUCUCCACCUCUCAGCUCUCAUCAGCUUCAUCGCAAGCGCAUUCCUUUAACUCUCGAAAUUCGGUGAUACCAGCCUUUAUCCACCUGCCAAAAACAUAUCCGGACGGUCCGAUUCCGGUGCCUGCGCCGCCACUGACAAUCACCCAUCACAGAUGCUACCAAUCACACAGACGUAUAUUGUUGUCGAGGAACAAAGUCAAUCCGGUCCCGUGCAUGACGUGUGGGGAGACGGAGGGCGAAGCGAGGUGGAAAUGCAUAUGGUGCGCGCUGAGAAUCUGUGGGGUGUGCAUGGCGGAAUUCGAUGCGAAGCAUAGAAAUUUGGAUAAGUUCCUCGCUUGUCUUGAGAAGACUAAGGAGGGCAGCAAAGAGAGCCGGGGCAAGGAUGAGGUCCAAGGGUUGGAUGGUAGAGGAGAAGAACGAACCGAGAUUAAGAAAGAGAACGUGCCGAGCAACAGGGAAUCGCAGAGGCUAAGCACUGCAGCAAAGGUUAAGCUCCGAACGGCGUCGAAAUGA